AUGACAGACGAAGAAUUUGACUCGAUUCUGAACAGGGUCAACCGGAGAGAACAGGACACUACACCAAUGGCUGAGGGUCUAGACCUCGCAUUGGGGGCAGUAGGAAACAGGGAGAAAGCCACAUCAGGAACCAUACCAGAAGGCCGACCUUUCCCGUUGGUAGGAAGGGAAGGAGAGGUACCGAGUAAAGAAAAAGAACCAGUAGACCCCCAAGUGAAAGCCGGGGAUGAUAGAGUACAAGUAGAAGAGGAAGGUACUGCGUCUACGGAAGCCAAGGAUGCAGGAACAGAGACAGCAGAGCCGGAAGUAGAGGCACCCACCCCAGUGGCACCUCAGGUUGUAAAACCGAUUCCGGUCAAGCGAAAACUGGUGGUGAAAGCAGACCCCAAGGCAGACUCACCCAAGCCGCAGAGGGUAUCACAACGUUGUUUAGGUAAGUGGGCCUCCAGCAGGGCCAAACCAAACACGACGGAGGACCCCAUAGAGAUCGCAAGCAAGGAAGAGCGAGCCACUCUGAAAAAGGCUGAAGGUGAACUUGUUCAAGCUACUGAUCAGGAAGACACAGGGGUGUCUCCAGUACAGAACGAACCGGGCACAACAACGGAAGGAAUGGCUGGGGGACCGAACCUCACAUCAGAGUCAGGAAGGCCUGCUGGAUCUGAGAAGGACGAGGCCUUACUCCAAGCUGAGGAGGAAGCCAGACUGUUGAAGGACUCUGCUGGGCAGACGAGACAGCGUCAGAGGCAAGAAGCCUUGGAGACGAUUGUUACUAGGCUUGGAGAUGAGAACCAGAAACUGAUAACGGAGAUGGGCAGAAUGGCAUCCGUGAUGGAUGAGUUAUUGAAUGAAGUCACAAGCCUGAGGAAGGAACAAGCUGUUGCACCAAGGGGCCAUGGAGGCCGAGUUAAGGAACCACGAGUAUCCGAGGAGGAAUUACCCGAGACAAAGGAAGCAGAGAAAGAACACGAGGAAGGAGAAGCCGAAGAGUCGGCAGAUUCUGGGAACCAGCAAGCCGAGAAGGAGGAGGAGACACCGGUAAUGUGUAUAAGCUCUCAAAUCAUGCAUCAAGCAAAGUUUACCAUAGGCUUACUCAAAGUCUAA